AGCGUCUGUGGUGUCAUGUCCAUGUUUUCCUUUUGUGGAAGUGGGGAAGAUGUGACUUUGUCGUGUUCUUGGUUUCGCCCUGACCCACGUUUCGGGGUUACCUGGACCUGCGGUCCUGACCCCCUGGUGAAGAAUGGGUCACUGCUGGAGGCCUCGUCCCGAUCGGGAAGGCUGAGCCUGAACCAUGAAGGAUCUCUGACCAUUAAGAGGGUCAGGGCUUCAGAUGCUGGAUCCUACAGAUGUUACUUUAACCCCAAGGAGGCUUUGGAUACCCAGCUGCUCGUUUUGUCCAUCUCUCCAUCUCCACCAGAUUCUGAGUGUAAACAGGAUCUAAUGGAUUUGAGCUGCUCUCUGGUGUGCUCUAGCACCAACACCUGCUCACCUCCAGAGGGCAGCAUUGUCUGGCUGAAUGGAACUGGAGACGGUCCUGAAAACAAACUGGUGUUGAAGAGGGACGUUUCGGUCCUCACCGUGAACUGUCUGAUGGGAAACUACAGAAGAUACACCUGUCAGUUUGUCCAGAAAGGCCGGGUCAAAGCAGAGGUUCACUACACCUCUGUCUUCUCAGAAAAUGUCGGCAGUAAAGUAGAUGAGGUGUCUUAUCGUGGACGUGGGGAAGACGUUGUUCUGCCCUGUCCGCUCUUCCAGUCCGGCCCGCGUGUCGGGGUUAACUGGAGCCGCGGCAGAAAUCCUCCGUCUCUGCUGGUGAAUGGGACAGUGAUGGAGGCGUCUUCUCAAUCUGGAAGGAUGAGUGUGAACAGUGAAGGAUCUGUUGUCCUCAGAAAGGUCACGACCUCAGAUGCUGAUUACUACAGAUGUUGGUACCAGAACUCUGUGGAUGUUCUGAAUACUGUGCUGUGUGUUUUAUCCAUCUCUCCAUCUCCACCAGAUGCUGAGUGCAGAAAUGAUGAAAUCGUGGAUUUAAUCUGCUCUCUGCCGUGCAUCGACCUCCUCUCCUGCCCAGCGGGGAGCAUCGUCUGGCUGAAUGAAACUGGGAAUGUGCUGCAGGAAAAACAGGUCGGGUUGGAUGGAGACAAAACCUGCAGUUCAGUUCUCACUGUGAGCCGUCUGACGGGAAACUACAGGAGAUACAGCUGCCGGUUUGUUCAGGAAGACCAGGUCCAGACGGAGGUUCACUACACACCUGUCUUCUCAGAUUCCACAGACUGGCCCGUUCUGAGCUCCAUCCUGCUGAUUCUGCGCAUCGCAGGACUGAUCCUGAUGAUCUGUGUUGUUGUUGUUGUUUACAUCAGAACCAGAGGAAGCAAGAAUCCACCGAAGGACGUCAAUGUUCAUUUUGCUGCAGAAUCGACUCACUGAAAACAUUGGAGUCUGUUGGUUUCCUGUCAGUCUCUGAUCUUCAUUACAUCAGGCUUUACAUUUGAGCUUCAACUAUUUUAAGUGUCUAAAGCUACACGACUAUUUAAAUGUUACAACACUGAUAUAUCCAGGUAAUCUCUUUGUUUUCACAGAAUAAACUGAGGCAGAUGAACCAGCCUGUAAUCUCUGUAAAAACUGA